ACGCUAACCUUAGUUUGAGAAUACUUUUGCUCUGUUUCGUUCUUCAGUUUAUGUGAACGUUCAUUUAUGUGUACGAUGAAUAUUUUGUGAGACGUGUCGCCGUCAUGGUACUACUUGGUGCCUCAUCCUGCUGUAGCAUUGCUAUGCUUACUAUGGCUUAUGUGACAAGACUUCGAAUGGCGAAGCCACUUCAGCGGUGCUGAACCUGUGUGUCGUGUUUGUGUUUUCCUUCUGACCAACUGAGCAGUUUCUACCAUGUUGGCCGUACUGAGACCUACUUGGAGGCCAUUGGCACGAGCAUUUUCACGUACUCCUGCCGCUGCCAAGGCCCUUAUAGUUAAAAAUCAGGAAGAAUUCCUAAACAAAGUGAUGCACAGUGACCUGCCAGUCAUUGUAAACUUUCACGCAGAAUGGUGUGAGCCGUGCAAGAUACUCUCACCACGCCUCAAGGAACUGGUUGAACCCCUCGAGGACAUAGUGCUUGCAGUUGUUGAUGUCGAAAACAAUGUAGAUCUUGUGCACACUUUUGAGGUGAAGGCUGUACCAGCAGUAAUUGCCAUCAGAAAUGGAAUAGUGGUGGACAAAUUUAUCGGACUAGUAGACGGUGAGAUGAUAGACAAGCUGAUUGCUGAAUUAUCCCGAGGAGCCAAGCCUGAAUCUGACGGUAGUGACAGCAAGCAGUGAUCAGCUGUGAUAUGCAGUGCCGAGGGUACUUUCAAGUUUGGACGCCAUGCUUCUCGGAAUCAUAUAACAUGGCUUCUUGUAAGCAUUACUCAGAUCUGUAGUGUAUUUGACAAUGGUGGCAUAUUUAAUGCCAUAAUUGUUUGCAUACCAGAAAAUGUUCGUGUGGGCAUAUUUGUUAGCAUAUAGUUUCACUUUAUGGUGCAGUGUCUUUUUCUUGUGUGUAGAAUGUUUGACCAGUCCUAUUUCUUAAAUAAUGAAAUAAUGAUUAGUCAGUGUGUACUUCAAGAUACAGGGAACUGAUUAUAAACAAUUUACUCCUCUCUGAUAUUGUGUGUGUUUUCUAAAACUAGUAGCUGUAGCCAUAGUCACAGUAAUACCAGUAGAUACUAAUUUUGUGAGGUCCUGCUUACAAUAGAUUUACAGAGAUUUGCAUGGGUAUAAGUAACACUGACCCCAAGUAGUAAUUAUCGGAGAAACUUCUGCAUUUGUUGUUUCACAACAUAGAGCAAGCAGAUGUAUGAUGCAGCAUCUUCAGAAGAGUGCUUACAAACAGAAGGAAAAGUAUAAAUCUUUGAACUUUUGAAACUAAUGCUUCUUAUAGAGUUGUGGAGGCAAAUGGAAAAGAAGAAAAGACUGUUAUACAAUACACACAUCUCCUAUGGUCAGUAAAGGCACAAGAGAAAGACAAUAAACAUUGCUCACCUGUUUUGUUGCCUUACUUUGGGCUACAAAAAACAACCAGUUUCUCUAUCCACAGAAAGUCAUGUAUUGCAUUAUAAGUACCCAGAUUCCCUAUAGUUGUGGUAUAUCAUUAUUCUUACUUUCACUCAAAGAUUUAUAUUAGAACUUGUGUUGCGAAAACUUUAUGCACUCUAUAGGAAGGGCGAUGGCACUGGUAAUGUGUAGGACUGGUCUUGUGUGAGUGGAACAUGUUGAAAUAAGAGACUGCUUAUGCUGUGACGAGUGCCAAAGGUAUUAUGUUGUGCAUAAAGGAAGCAAACCAAAUGCGUGGAGCUACAGUGACUGCACAGGUUCAUAGAAACAUUGUACACCUCAGAAAUUUGCUCUUGUGUUUUCUGUGAGUGAGCUUCUCCAUUUCCUCACUUGAAUACUCUUUCCAGAUGUACUUAAGUGUUCUCUCCCCCCCCCUUUUCUUUUUCUCUUAUCACUCCUGUGUGAGAGAGAAGUAGCAACAUUCACACUGCUUAUAAAUUAAUCAUCUUUUGUGUCUCAUUUUCACCUUCCAAAGUGAGCUCAGAUAUCUCUUUUUGUAAUUUCUGCUUUCUCUGUGGUUUUUUUUUUU